CAAGCGGGCUUGGGAGGUCUCCGAUGGACCAUGAAUAUCUCGGCACGGCCAGCGUUUCACAAACGUUCAAGAUAUUUCUAUUCAUCAAAAAACAAGUGAGACCAUGGACGAGGUAUCGAUUGAAGAGAAAGUCAAGAUUGCUUCCAGCUUUGUGUUGGCCAGCCCUCCCGGAGAAGUGAAUGACGUUUUCAACGAUGUUCGACUUUUAGUCGAUAAUGACAGCGCUCUUGAAGAUGGCAUUUUGCAAGCGUUAGAACAAUACCACAUUGACCAGUUUGCUACGGUCACUUUACCUGACAGCGAAUCUUUGGUCAUUGUUUCGAAGUAUGGCAAAGUGGGCGAAAACCGAUACUUGGAUCCACAGUCGAAGCAGACCUUCAAAUUAGACUCUUUACGCUUGGCGGCAUCGGACGUGGAACCUCACGACGGUGACCAACCAGCAGAAGAACUUAGAUCUGCUAUUCAAACAGAAGCCCUGGCGUACGUCGAGGAUCAUUUUCCAAACGGAGCUUGCGCGGUCUAUGCGAUCGACAGCACGCAUAUCGUCAUUGUCAUUGUCGACAACAAAUAUAACCCUCACAACUACUGGAAUGGAAGAUGGCGCGCGACGUGGGAGUUGGAUACAGAGUCGGGUGAAUUGAAAGGCACCACCAAAGUCCAAGUUCAUUACUACGAAGAUGGCAAUGUCCAACUGAACUCUGAUAAAGAAUGCACGUUGAAUGUAUCCUGUAGUACCGAGAAUGCGAAAGAAUACGCGACAUCGAUGCUCAAGGAAAUUGCCAAGUUUGAUAAAACACAUCAAUCGGCGAUGAACGAGAGUUAUGACGAUCUAGCUGAGAACACGUUCAAAGGAUUACGUAGAGCAUUACCACUGACACGAAACAAAUUGGACUGGAACAAAAUCCUCAACUACAAGAUUGGCAACGAAUUAUCUCAAAAAUAAACCUGAGAAGGAAAAAUCGUGUUUUCCUAAUAAUGGCUUCAAGGGUAUGGUUAUGCAAUUAGUGAUCAAUAACAACACAAAUGUGGGAAUGUGCUGUUGGACGCGUAUGCGGUUACUUUUGCAAUCGGAAAGUGGAUGAGGUACAGUAUGGUUUUUAGGAAACAGUUUUUCUGGUGUCAUUGUU